AUGGCAGACGAGCGCGGCGCCGGCGCAGAACAGGAGCAAGAUGCGCUUCUCUCCGUGGAAGCCGCAGAGCAGAAGCGGGCCCGCUCCUGGAAACGAGCUGGACUUGUGGCAGUGCCAUGUGCGGGUGCUCUGAUCGCCACCAUGAUGUGGGCGUCAUCCACGCCCAGGCUGCGACCCCCCAAGGAGUUGAUGGAUCCGGAGUAUGCCGUGCCCCUGGAAGUCCAGGCUGAUGACUUAGAGUUCAUCACCGAUGAGGCGUCCGAGAUGUACUUCCCCACCAAUGGCAACACCAACCCGAAUGUCGGCUACACACAGUCGACCGUCAAUACCGUGAAGGCGAAGAGUGCACGAUGCGUCCUUUGCAACCCGAACCAGUGCACGCUGGACUACUCCGGCAAGGGCGCUUGGACCAGCUGUCCUCCAAGUGCGCCAUACUUCUCCGAAGCUCACUGCAAAUGCGUCAAAUCAAAUGUUUGCCAAGACCCUUCUCCAGUUCUGUCUACAUGCAGUUUGUGCCCUGACUGCUCAAAGCGGGCAUGCGUCAUCUCAGGAAAAUACUUGCAGUGCCCGCCGCCGACGCCAUUCUAUAUGGCCAGCAAGAAGCUUUGUGCCAGCAGUUGUCAGCCGAGCCCUGGCCCAGCGCCGCCACCGUAUCAACAUGGAUCCGGAACAGCGCACUCCGACGUCUCUGUGACUACGCCUCCUCCUCCAACGGGGCCCACGCCCUGGCUGGCAACCACACCGCGGCCAGGGCCAGUGACACCGGUGACACCAGUGACACCAGCAACGAUUAACGCAACGUGCGAGGAGGACACCGGUGGCAAGUGCUCCAUGUGGGGAUGCAGCUCAAGCCGUGGGAAAACGACCUGCAAGAGCGGAAAGUGCCUUUGUAGCAAGUCGAAGGGCUACUGCGCCCACAAGGGCAAAUGUGUGAAGGCGUCGACCCUGCUCCCGCCGCCACCCAGCUCAACGACUUCGACAGCCACCUGCAAAAGCUCCGACACAGGCACUUCCUGCCGAUGGUCGAGCUGCGAUUCCAACCUUGGAAAGGUGGACUGCGAUGGCAUGACGAAUGGAAUGGGGAGCUACAAGUGCAAGUGCAAGAAGCACUACUGCUACGACUCAACGUUGAAGAAGUGCGUGAAGACCGCCUGA